GGCUAACAGAUUGAGCGUUUUGCUACUACCCCAAUUGGCGCUGUACGGAUACUCGAUAAAGCUUCUUUUUUUCUUCAAAAGAGACGCCACCAUUGCCCACAUCAUGCGAACUCGUAUUCGUAUCGUAUCUCGCAUGAUCUUGCACGAAGAAAGUCGACAUUAAAAUCUGCGAUUAUGUUACAGAAGAUGAAAUUUGAUCAUGACAAGGCAUUAAAACACAUAGAACUGGUAGAAGAAAAAGCUGGUGAAAUUCUCACAGAUCGGCAAGAAAUAAUUGCUUUGGACAAAAGAAGAAAUGACGAUAGAGUUGGAAUGAGAGCAUUGCAAGAGGAGAAGUGUAAGAAUAGUUGGGUAACCGUUGGACCACUGUUGUUUAAAAUGCCAUCUAAAACUGCAGAAGAGUUACUUGUGAAAGAUCAAAGAGAAUGUGAUAUUGAAAUCAACAAGUUAAGAAGCAAUUUAAAAAUAAAAGUAAACGAAUUACGAGACCUGGAACUCGAUACACCUGUCGCAGGCUUACUGUUAAAGCCUAUGUCUCAUAAAGAAAUGUCUGCAAUAAAACAAAUGUUGGGUGAAAACUAUUAAAAUUAUACAAGUUCUUUGUCGAUGUGAAAACUCUUGCUUCUAAAUUGAAAUUUUGUUUCUAAUGUAAUAAUAAGCCAAAUUCAUUUAGAUUUACAGAUACAGUAUUCUGAUGAUUAUCUAUCAAAAUAGUUGACAAAAAACGAAAUCUCGAGAAGUUAACAAACGAAUACUAUAAUAUAUUGUCAUGAGUCAUUGGACAAUAAGAUUUGCUAAAUAUAAAUUAUAGUAUUCAA